AUGCAGCCUCUAAGCGUGGAUGUGACUCCCUCUACAUCGUCUGCAUUACCUUCCAGUGAUGUGAAGUAUGAUCAAGUAAAUUACAGUGAAGUGCAUUUCCCAGAUUUCUCCUCAGUUCGUCGUUUGGGAAGGGGAAGUUAUGGGACUGUAGUGCAAGGUCUGUUCAGAGGGAGGCCUGUGGCUGUUAAAUUACUCGAAAGUGAUCUCGAUCGAGAACAUAUAGACAACGAGGUAAUGCUCUUAUCAGUUCUCUAAUCAUCCGAUAAUUUAGUAUCGAUUUUCUGCAUAAUAGUUGUAUAAAUUAAGUUGAAUACACUCGUGGAUAAUAUAAGUUUCAAUCUCUUACAGGCAAAAGUCCUCCACUCCUUCAAACAUGAGAAUAUUAUCCGCUUUUAUGCCACCUUCUAUGGUCUCCAAAGUGGUCUUCUAUUAGAACUAAUGGAGGGCGGAUCCCUUCAUGAAUGUAAGGUUACUGUAACUGUCGUAUCUGUUGCUUCAGUAUUACAUCAAAACAAACAUAUACAAUACUUUGCCUGUCAUCUGAUUGGCUGGGCGCAACAAGUGUUGUCCGCUUUAUCCUAUCUUCAUUCCCAUGGCUAUGUUCAUCGAGAUUUGAAACCUUCAAAGUAAGAUUAUCGGUUACUGCUUUGAUCUGAGUUUAGUAUGCUUCUCACCAAUGACUUUAUCACUCUUAAAUUAUGUGACUUUGGAACGGCUACAGAGCUGAGGACAAGUAUGACAAACAACCGAGGGAGCGCUGCAUGGAUGGCACCUGAGGUCUUCAGAGGAAAAAGAUACGACCAGAAGUGUGAUAUCUUCAGUUUCGGCAUCUUCCUUUGGGAAAUGACAGCCAGGAGGUAUGAAAGUCGAACAAAAAUCAUUGCUCUUUUAGACAACCGUUCAGUGACAACGAGGAAUCAAAUGCUUAUACCAUUCUGUGGCAAGUCUCUGAGGGAAAACGUCCCCCUAAAUUGAAUUGUCCCCCUCAUUUGAUGACCUUGAUGGAGAGAUGUUGGAAUGACAAGCCUCUUCUGCGACCGGAUGUGGAGGAAAUCGUGAAGGAGAUUGAUAUUGUCUGUGCGGGCAUCUACCCGAACAGAUACAUGCCGUUGAUUGAUAAGACCAGUGGAAGUCAGGCUUUCGCUCGACCCCCGAACGUCCCCCAAAACUACAGUAUCCCUCCUCCUUAUCCAGGGGUAAGAUUAAUGUCCGAAGUUGGUAAUCCAAAAACUAAAUCAUCCAUUUAGACUUCCAACUAUCAUCUCCAUAACCGAUCACCGGUCCCUCCACCCAUCCCACCUCCUCCUCGGAUCAAUGGCCAUAUAAGAACCUCCAGUCAUGACUUUAAUCUUUAUGGCCGACCUCCUCAUCCCCCUCAAAGAACGAGUACCAACUUCGGUCAGGCUGUUGAUUAUCAUCCCCUGAUCUCCCCACAACCUCUCACCCAUCACCCUCCACCUCAUCUACCCAUUCAACCGGGAGAUAUUGGAUGGAGAGUAAGCUCAGAUAAUGUUGCGUUAACUAAAUUUAUAGCGAUCAUCCGAACCACCUUUGAGUGAUUCAGACAGCGGUUAUGGGACGAAUCGACCGCCGAAACCGAAGAAAAAGUGAGUGAAUGGGAAACGUUGCCAUUCACGCAUAUAAUAAAACAGUAAACAGUAUCGUUUCAGGGACGGAAUCCGAAACCUUAUAGGCCAUCUAGCUGACAGCAUCUCAAAACACCUCUAA